AUGAUAACCAAAAUGCAACCUCAAGCUAAUGUAGCAGUGCCACAGUCUGUUACGACGCAGCCUCAACAAAUUGUUGGUGUUCCAGCAAAUGCUGUGAUACUUAAAAUGUCGGACAUAGGACCACAAAUAUCUACAGUUGGGCUAUUAGAGUUAGCGCACCGAGAGUACCAAGCUGGAGACUAUGACAGUGCUGAAUUGCAUUGUAUGCAACUAUGGCGUCAAGAUGGCACCAACACUGGUGUCUUGCUUCUCUUAUCAUCAAUUCACUUCCAAUGUCGGCGAUUGGACAAGUCUGCGCAUUUUUCAACAUUGGCUAUUAAACAAAAUCCUUUGUUGGCUGAGGCAUACAGCAAUUUGGGUAAUGUAUACAAGGAACGUGGGCAGUUGCAAGAAGCAUUAGAGAACUACAGGCAUGCAGUGAGACUAAAGCCUGACUUCAUCGAUGGUUACAUCAACUUGGCUGCAGCCCUUGUGGCUGCUGGCGAUAUGGAGCAAGCAGUACAAGCAUAUGUUACAGCUCUACAAUAUAAUCCUGAACUUUACUGCGUUAGAAGUGACUUGGGCAAUUUGCUCAAAGCCCUUGGUCGUCUCGACGAGGCAAAGGCUUGUUACUUGAAGGCCAUCGAAACGAGGCCUGACUUUGCAGUAGCUUGGAGUAAUUUGGGAUGCGUUUUUAAUGCCCAAAGCGAAAUUUGGUUGGCAAUUCAUCAUUUUGAAAAAGCUGUGGCAUUGGAUCCGAAUUUUUUGGACGCUUACAUCAAUCUUGGCAAUGUUCUCAAGGAAGCUAGAAUUUUCGACAGGGCUGUUGCAGCUUACUUACGUGCUCUCAAUCUUUCACCAAAUAACGCGGUCGUACACGGAAAUUUGGCAUGCGUAUAUUACGAACAAGGGCUGAUUGAUUUAGCUAUCGAUACAUAUAGGAGAGCGAUAGAAUUGCAGCCUAAUUUCCCAGAUGCCUACUGCAACUUGGCCAACGCAUUAAAAGAAAAGGGACAAGUUGCUGAUGCCGAGGAAUGCUAUAACACAGCCUUACGUCUUUGUCCUUCUCAUGCCGAUUCACUUAAUAACUUGGCGAACAUUAAACGCGAGCAAGGAUAUAUAGAAGAAGCGACUCGGCUAUAUUUAAAGGCAUUGGAAGUGUUCCCGGAAUUCGCUGCCGCUCAUAGCAACUUGGCUUCAGUAUUACAGCAACAGGGCAAGCUAAAUGAAGCACUCAUGCAUUAUAAGGAAGCGAUUAGGAUUCAGCCAACCUUUGCCGAUGCAUAUAGUAACAUGGGCAACACUCUAAAAGAAAUGCAAGAUGUGGCCGGAGCUUUACAAUGUUACACUAGAGCCAUUCAAAUCAAUCCAGCAUUCGCUGAUGCACACAGCAAUCUUGCCAGCAUUCACAAAGACUCUGGAAAUAUUCCAGAAGCCAUACAAUCUUAUAGAACUGCAUUGAAAUUGAAGCCAGAUUUUCCUGAUGCAUACUGUAAUUUGGCACACUGUUUACAAAUUGUAUGCGACUGGACUGACUACGAAGCACGCAUGAAGAAACUCGUCAGCAUUGUCGCGGAACAGCUAGAUAAGAACAGACUACCUUCAGUCCAUCCGCAUCAUUCUAUGUUGUAUCCAUUGACACACGAAUUCAGAAAGGCAAUCGCAGCUCGUCACGCUAAUUUAUGUCUUGAAAAAGUUCAGGUCCUCCAUAAAGCCCAAUACAAAUUCGGUCGCGAAUUGCAAGGUCGUUUGCGUGUCGGCUACGUAAGUAGCGAUUUCGGUAAUCAUCCUACUUCACAUUUGAUGCAGUCUGUGCCUGGUUUGCAUGAUCGUGGCAAAGUAGAAAUCUUCUGCUAUGCUUUAAGUCCUGAUGAUGGCACAACAUUCCGUUCUAAGAUUGCUCGCGAAGCGGAGCAUUUUAUCGAUCUGUCUCAGAUGCCAUGCAAUGGUAAAGCCGCUGAUAAAAUUUACGCAGACGGAAUUCACAUCUUGGUCAAUAUGAAUGGUUAUACUAAAGGAGCGCGUAAUGAAAUAUUCGCUUUGAGGCCCGCUCCAGUCCAAGUUAUGUGGCUCGGUUAUCCAGGAACAAGUGGAGCAAGUUACAUGGACUAUCUCAUAACUGAUGCUGUAACUUCCCCCUUGGAAUUAGCCAAUCAGUAUAGUGAAAAAUUGGCAUACAUGCCUCACACGUAUUUCGUUGGCGACCAUAAGCAAAUGUUUCCACAUCUGCAAGAGAGAUUGAUUCUUAGCGAUAAGGUAAAGUCGCAUAAUAAUCUCGGUAUAUUGCCUGAUAACGUGGCCGUUAUAAACGCAACAGAUCUAUCACCUUUAGUUGAGAAUACUGACAUUAAAGAAAUAAAGGAAGUUGUGAGAGCAGCCAGACCGGUUGAGAUUUCAUUGAAGGUCGCCGAGUUGCCUACUACGACGCCCAUUGAAACUAUGAUCGCUUCAGGACAAGUUCAGACAUCAGUAAACGGAGUUAUUUUACAAAACGGCCUCGCCACCACACAAACUAACAACAAAGCAGCAACUGGCGAGGAAGUGCCCCAGUCCAUUGUAAUCACAACCCGCCAACAAUAUGGCUUGCCCGAUGACGCUGUAGUAUACUGUAACUUCAAUCAGCUGUACAAAAUUGAUCCUUUGACGCUGCAUAUGUGGGUGUACAUUCUGAAACAUGUGCCAAACAGUGUUUUGUGGCUUUUGAGGUUCCCUGCAGUUGGAGAGCCCAACUUACAGGCUACUGCUCAGCAGUUAGGUCUUCCUCCUGGUCGUAUAAUCUUUUCUAAUGUGGCUGCUAAGGAAGAACAUGUACGUCGUGGUCAAUUAGCGGAUGUUUGUCUAGAUACACCGCUUUGUAACGGACAUACAACUAGCAUGGACAUUUUGUGGACUGGCACGCCUGUCGUCACAUUGCCAGGGGAAACAUUGGCGUCCAGAGUGGCAGCUUCCCAGCUGAACACACUUGGUUGCCCUGAGCUCAUUGCAAGAACAAGGCAAGAGUACCAAGACAUAGCUGUAAGACUGGGAACUGACAAGGAAUAUUUGAAAGCGAUCCGUGCCAAAGUGUGGACUGCACGAACAGAGAGUCCUCUCUUUGACUGCAAGGCAUAUGCGACGGGUCUUGAGAUGUUGUAUUCAAGAAUGUGGGCGCGAUACUCCCGAGGCGAACGACCAGAUCACGUACAGGCAACAGACAAAUAG